AUGGCUCUAGAAUUACGUGUUAUGACUUGGAUGAUGGCGAAAAAUUGUGUUUUGUGCGAACAUAUGAUCCACACGUUCAUUACACUCUGCAUUUACCGCGAUAUAGAACUGACGAAAGUGAUUUUGAUCAAAUCAGGGUUGAGUAUUGAUGUGGAUAGCUGGUUUUAUGUCGGUUUCAAGUACGAUGGAAAUUCGAUAAUUGCGCAGUCAAAAAAAUGGGCCCACAUCCUUGAUAUCGAAACAGAAAGUGAGAGUAUUCGUAUCGAUCCAGAAUACGAGAUAGAAUGCUCACGCUAUGUAGACAUCGAAUGCAAUUUGCUGUUCACUUCUUCUGUAUAUGGACACGUAAAAGGAUCAACAUUCAAACUGAAAUUCGAUAUGCCGGAUUUUACCUGGCCAGAUACCACAAGACCAGACAUCAAAAGUUUUAAGAUAUCGCCAGAGAGAACUGGUAGAAGAUACGCAGGGUUUUGUAUGGGAUCGGGAAAACUGUUAUUAUUUGAUUUGCUCACGCUGAAGGUAGUGCAGAUAUACCAAUUUUAUCAAAUAAAAUUGGAUGGAUUCGAAUGGAACCCUGUUCAGAAUGAAAUCGUCACCGUUGAUAAAAGUGGAAACCUCCAUGUUUGGAGAUAUGAAGAAGAAAGUGCUGAGUUCCUAUCCGCUUAA